AUGGAGUCCUCCACCCCCAAGCGCAAGCGCCUCUCGUACGCCUGCAACUACUGCCGUGAAAAGAAGACCCGCUGCGAUGAAGGACAGCCCUCCUGCCGCAACUGCAGAGUUGCCGGGGUGCAAUGCAUCACCACCGAUAAGCGUCGUGCAGGGGCUGUUGUCACCAGCCGGCGACGACCCAGUCCCAACACUGCUUGCAAUACGGUAACUACACCGGUGGAGAAUGCUGUCAACACACCCGUGUCUUUAACCCAGCCCUCGCCGUUACCAGUAGCUGCCAGCCAGGGUUUACGCCCGCCGGCGCAAUUCUGGGACCGGUCCGGCUGGCGUAGCGGGCGGCUGCCCAUGAUGCCCCGGUUUAUUGGGGGCUCCAUGUUCGAGAUCAUGACCGAAUGGCUGGAUCUAGCGUUCUAUCGCUUGAGGAUCCCUGCACCGUACCCGGCUUCGUUGCCGUCAGGUUCAGCCCUUCCGGUAUCUGUAUCUGUACCACCAUCGCCGCCAAUUCUGCCAUCAGGCUCGGAGAUGCGCCUGUUGGGUCAAAGGUUUCUACAGACCGUCUGCUGCAUCUUUCCCUUCAUGACUGAGGGUGAGAUAUACCAGAUCUGUGAUUCGAACCUGACAGGAUCUCCUUCAGGACAAGCGCUGGCCUACCUCAUUGCGGCUGCUGCGUCCAUGACAGAGGGAGGCUCACAGCCAGAAGACUACAUCGCUUACUGCAACACACUCCUCGGUCACGUGGUAGCAGAACGAACCCUGCAGUCCGCUCAGGCUAUUUUUCUCUUCGCUAUUGUCCUGCGGAGUUCUGACCACAUCGCCUGGGCAUGGGACGUUCUGUGCUUAGGCGUUUCAAUCGCACAGUCGAUCGGUAUAAACCAAGCGACCACAGCAGCACAAGGCUCGACAUGGUGGUGCGUGUACGUGUUCGAGAAGAUCCUCGCUUUCGAGAGCGGACGUGCCUCGAUGAUAUGGGAUCGUGAGUUGUCACGCUCUGCCCAACUAGACGACGACGACGACGAUCCAACAGCGAAGUACAAAUGGACUUGUAUCAGCCUGGCCAACACGCUGCAUGAGAUGCAAGACCGCGCGGCAGGUGCGUGGCGGAGAGAGGAAUGGCUGCCACAAAGCGUUGAUGAAGCCAUCGAGGAGAAGAUUCACACUGGGGGAGAGCUGGCAAUGCUCCUGGACUACUGGUGGGGUGGUCUACCCACUGAAUAUCGGACUGGAUCAGCGUUCUCCCAACAGUCGGCGUUUCUAUCAUUCUACUAUCAAUACGCACUUAUCCUUCUCAACCGGAGCGUUCUCCUAAUUGAGGCUUCUGAGUUGCGUGAAAUGACUUCCCGCUACGCUGCCGGGAAGCCAUGGCAGCAUCGCCUUGCCAACGGGGCUGGAGUGUGCGUCGAAGCUGCCAGAGACAUGAUCAAGCUCACUGUUGCCACGGUUGACUCCGGAUUGCCGACAUACCUGACGGCGUUAACUUCGCCUCUCAGCGCCGUAUAUGCCCUGGCUGUGCAUAUCCUCCGGGAGCGCCGCUCCCUGCUUGCUCGGUCUGAUCUUGAGCUCAUGAAAGCUGCUAUUGGAAUUAUACGACAACAUUACGCGCGAUUAGAUGACAUUCAACGAGUGAAUGAGGUUCUAUCUGCGCUCGAGACGUACACGGCAGACUGCUUAAACGGACAAGUCCCAGAAUCCUUCGGGAUCUACAACUAUGGGGCCCUUCAGCGCUAG